GCCAAAUCGACUGUGACGUUUUAAAUUGAAAGUAACUUUCACUUUCGAUUUCACUUUUUCUGAAAACGUGUUUGUUUACAUUAGACUAGUUAGUAGUUUAUGAAAUAUAUUUUCAAGCUUUAGUAAGUAGUUUUAAGUAAGGUUAUUAUUGUUUACAUAAACAUUUACUUUAUUCAUUAGGAGAAGUAAUAUUUUGAAAUAUUUUCUAGAACUCUUUUUGCUGCUGUUGCAGUAUAUCAGUUGUGGGCAGCAUUAUUUGAUAAGUUCAUGAUAUCAUAAGGUCUUUACAUAUCUAUUGACAAUUAUAUUGUAUUAAAUUAGUUGAACAUAUUAUAAGUUCAAGUAGUUUGGGCUAUUAUAUUUGUAAAUUUUUCAGAAUUUUUAAAAUUACACUUUAGAAAAAAAAUUGUUUAAAAAAAAAGAGAGAAUUUUUGUUUUUUUCUAAAUUUUUCAAAUUGUUUUUUUUUUUUUACUGAAUUAGGUUAUUAUUGUUCAGUCUCUGUUUUAAAACAAGUUUUUGAAUUAGAGAUAUUUCAUUUAUUUGUCAAAAUUAGUUCAGGUUUUGAAAUUACUAAAGUUAGAACUGAUUACUUAAUUUUGAUCACCAGCAUGCAGUCAACUAUGCAGUCAAUAAUGGACAAAUCAUUGACCUACCAUCAAUAUGAUCAACAAUAUGUAUUAUAAUCCAAUCAACAUUGGAUAUAUUAGUGAGGGGGUGAGUGCACAGAGUGCAUUUCAGCAACCAUUAGUAGGUCCAGUGUCUAUAGGCCAACUUUCCCUGCAGACAGGUACAGUGCUACAUGGUCAUAAUGCCCCUCCAGGAUUCAACCAACAUUACAGUGGAAUCCCUGCACCAUAUGGAACACCAUAUUCAGCUCAAUACCCUCCACAAAGUGCUAUUCUAAAUCCAUGGGGGGUAAUGUCAGGUGUUUCAAUGGGACCAGAAAAUAACACAAAUAUGAUAGUUGGAUGUUCUUCCAUGACACAGGGAGGUUAUUUACCGUCAAAUGUCAAUGGAAUGAUGCCAACUGGAUAUACCGUUUCAAGGGCCACUGGAACAAGUUACACUGGUACAUUUUCCCAGGCACAGGGUGGUUCGACUGGUUCCAUACCGCCAAGUGUUCAGGGGUUAAUGAUGCCAUACCAAACAACAUCAAGUCUAAGUGGAUUUCCUUCCCAUGCAGCAAGCAGUUUCCAGUCAUCGGUUUCUCAGGCAUCAGUACUACCGACCACCAGUGUACCCAUACCACAAAGCGGCAAUAUACCAUUCAAUGGUCAGGGUACUAUUGUCAACAUAGUACCAUCUACCACCAAUAUACCUACACAACAGGGUAGUUAUGUACCAUUUAAUGGUCUGGAAACCAAUGUCAAUAUAGUACCAUCUACUACCAAUGUACGCAUACAACAGGGUAGUUAUGUACCAUUUAAUGGUCUGGAAACCAAUGUCAAUAAUGUACCACCUACAAACAAUGCAUCCAUACCACAGGGUGGUUACGUACCAAUAAGUGGUCAAGAUACAAGUGUCAAUAAUGUACCAUUUACCAACGCCGUACCAAUACCACAGGGCAUCUAUAUACCGAUGAGUAGUCAUAGUACGAAUCUCAACAUGGUACCAGGUACAUAUACCAACAGUACUCCAAUACCACAGGGCGGUUACUUACCGAUUAGUGGUCAGGGUACAAACGUCAAUAAUGUAUCACCUACAAACAAUGCAUCCAUAUCACAGGGUGGUUACGUACCAAUUAGUGAUCAUGGUACAAAUGUCAACAUCGUACCACUUACCAACAUUGCACCUGUACCACAUGGCGGUGUCAUACCAUUCAGUGGUCAAGGUACAAACUCAAACCUGGUAACAGCCACUACACCACAAGCGGGUUACAUUCCAUGUACUGGUCAAGGUGUUGAUCUCAAGGUUAUGUCACAAACAUUGUACCCACCAGUUCAAUCAACACAGAACUCAAAUACUUCCAACCACUAUGUGCCAUGUACACCAAACCAGGCUAUGCUAAACAGCACUAAACAACAGGUACUGACACACAAUCAUAUUCAACCACCACCAGGAUUCCAACAACUACAGUCACAACAGGUUUCACAACAGAGAUAUGCUCCGACAUUGACAACACAAAAUCAGCUGACACAACAGGUUUACACUCAAGCAUUACCAACACCAGUCAGCAUUCAGCAGCAACAACAACACAACUUACAGACACUACUCAAUCCGAAGACCACUCCAACACAGCAGUACACCAUUCAACAAUUGCAAAAUGCAAGUCAUCUUGGUCAAGUACAUCAACAAACUCAAAUGCGAGAUGUACCAUGUCAAAUACUGCAAAAUGUACCAUGCCAAAAUACAAGUAUGGCACCAGCUCUGAUGCAGGAUCUGACCCCAGGCCUAACAUAUCAAGUCAGUCCAACUCUGUUACAUGGCAGUAACAUACCUCCCCCUGGAGCAGGUUUGACAGUUACGGGUAGCAUUCAGUACCAAGUCAAUCCGGCAAAGUUGCAAGGUGGUCAUGAACCACUAAUGGCUUCAGCCAGUACUGAAUCUGUUCCUGGAAAUGUGGAGAAGAGUUCCAAGAUGCAGAUGUUUUGCUACAAUUCUGAGUCGGUCCAGACAGUGGGCGCUUUAAAACCGCUAACUGUUGAGGUAUCUGACCAGGGUUCUUCUUCAUUGUCUGGCAAUAUCCUUGUAACAGCUAAGGCAAGUGUUUGUUCUGACCAUGCAUGGAGCACACAACCCCAUGGAUCUAAGCAAACACUCAUGUUUUUGCAGCAGUGCCAACAACCACAUUUGCAAGGUGUACUUGCGCCACUCUUAGCACUUCAGUUGCCUCCUGAACAAUACAUGGCACAACCUCAACACCAGCCAAUCAUGUCGCUAUCACCACACCAACAGUUUGCAGUUUGCUCACAAGAGCAGCAGAUGACACUGACCACUAUCAAGCAGCAACAUGCAACAAUGCUUCCACAGCAACACUUGUCAACCCAGCAAUCAUCCCCAGAUCACACUAACACAAAAAGUAGUGACAUACACAAUGAUUGUGGUGAAGAUGAAUUAAAUGAUAGGCAAGAUGUUUGCGAUGAACUUGAAAUGUCAGAUUUUGCUGAGGCACUGACUGAUGGAACAGAGCACCCAGAGGUGUUUGAUACACAUGAACAAGACACUUUGCUGCGGACAGUCAAGAGACACUAUGUUGAGGUCUAUCAACGGCUGUCCACCCUGAAGAAUCAUGUCGACUCUUUGGUCAUAGACAUGCAGACCAUCACAAAGGGAAUGGAGGCAAUUGAUCUUGAGCAGAAUCAUCUGAAAUAUGACUGCUACUCAGUCUGCUAGUGAGAAAUAACUGUAAAUUUGUUAAUAACUUAUCAUGAUUCAUUAAGCAGAAUGUUACAUGUAUCAAAACAUUUGCAGCUGCUGAUAAAUUUAUGUUAUUGACAAACCAGUAUGAACAACAAUUAAAUGCUAUACAGUUGUAAAAGUAACUCAAAUACUGCCUGACUAUCACUAUUUUAGUAGACAUUGUUUCCAAGCCAGUUUUCCCAUUAGAAAACUUGUAAUUAUUAUUCAUAUAGUAUAAGCUUGUAGAUUUUGUAUGUUAUUAUAAACAAAAUACAUGCAUUUGUUUCAAUAUGUAAGAUACGCAUCAUGUUCUGAACAAGUCAGUAGAAUGUUAUAUGCUCAUACAUUUGCACUACUGAAGUUCAAUAUACUUAAAUUAUCAUAAUACUGGUAUGUUAUUCAUGUACCUUUUAUUUCAUUUGAUGAAGAAGAAUAGUUCCAAGACCAGGGUCAUGUCACAUUUAUAGUUUAUCAUUAAUUUAACAGUAUUCUUUGUCAUGCAGCAUUUUAUAGUUAACAUUCCCCGUCCAUGUUUUCAUAUUUUUGGUUGUUCAUAUUUUGAUACAGUGUGUAGUUGAAAGAAGCAUUCCUUUUCAUGUAAAACUAGUUUGUUUUGUUAUUUAUUAUACAAGAAAUAAUUUGUUGGUCAAGAAAGGGUGAUUGUCAUAAUUAGAUUUAAUCCAUUUUGUGCUUUUAAUAAUUGGUAUUUGAUAGCUCUCCGUUACUGUUAAGUUAGUUAAUCUACAGGUAUACAUGUAUAUAGGAAACAUCAGCUACUGCUUCAACAUCCUCAAAGGCUUGUAUAGACAUACAUACAAACAAUUCUGGAUUCUGACAUAAUGCAACAGAAGACCAUUUCCAAGUUACAGAAUCGUCAGCUAGAUCAACAGGAGUUUUCCGAAGUUCAUGACGGAGCAGAAUGUUCUGCGGAUCAUGAAACGGCGGACUAAGAAUGUUGCAUCUUAAACUCAGCUGUAGAUUUUACCAUAUGGAUCAGAGCCUUUUUCCACAUAGGCCCUUAUUAGUUCUUGUUUAUCUUGGUAUAUACCUACC